AUGACUUCCUCAGUUGACUCUGUACCAUCCUCCUCGGUUGCCUCUGCGCCAUUCUCAGUCGACUCUGCGCCGUUUUCCUUAUUAGUCCCACCGCCAUCCUUAGUGAUCCCCGCGCCGCCCUCAGUGGCCUCUGCGACGUCUACCGCCUCAGUCGACACUGUAAUAUCCUACUUAUCUGUCUCUGCGCCGUCGUUGGUACUCCCCGCGCCAUCCUUGGUGGUCCCCGCGCCGCCCUCAGUAGUACCCGAGACGUCCACUUCAGUCGACUCGGUGUCAUUCUCGUCAGUCGAACUCUCGGCGCCAUCCUUCUCCACACUCCCGGCAAUAUCUUUCACCAAACCAUUCUACAUCCCGCCUCCCGUCCCCCUAUAUCUAUCUACCCCUCUGACCAGCGCCUCCACGGAAACCGCUACCAGCAUAGAGCCCACAGCCGAGGUGAACACCACCACCGACAUUACUGCAACUCCCACUGCUGCCGUCUUCCGAACCCAGGCCUUCUUUCCUAUCAUCCCCAAAAUCUCCUUGGCAACUACUGCAAACCGGGAACCCUCCAUCAUUACACCCAUUCCCAUCACUUUCCAAACAGAGGUUCCCAAGCCCCGUGUCAACAUCACCAAAACUGCCACAGAUGUGGAUACUACCGCUACCGUUACCAUUCUUGAGGCCCCCACAACCAAAAUUGAGGUCUUGUCUACCCCUGUUGCCAACGUCUCCACAGACAACACUGCUACUGUGACUGUUGUUGCAGCGCCUAAUUCCGUACAGACUGAGAUCUUUGCGACCUCUGUAGCUGAUGUUUCCACGGACACUACGGAAACUGUUACUGUUGUCGCUGCACCUACGUCUAUCCAGACUGAAGUCCUCUCUACCUCUGUAGCCGAUGUGUCUACAGAUACCACUACUACUGUAACUCUUGUGGCAGCGCCUACAUCUAUCCAAACCGAGGUCUUGUCUACUCUUUCAGUCAGUGUUUCCACAGACGACAGCACCACGACUGUUACUAUUGUUGCUGCACCAACAUCUAUCCAAACUGAGGUCGUAUCUACCCCUGCAGCCAAUGUGUCCACAGAGGAUACCACUACUGUGACUGUUGUUGCAGCGCCUACGGCCAUCCAGAGUGAGGUCCUCUCUACCCCUGCUGCCAACAUUUCCACAGAAGAUACCACCACUGUGACUGUUCUUGCCGCACCUACAUCCAUCCAAACCGAGGCAAUCCCGAAUCCUCCAGCUAACUUCACUUUGGGACCCACUACAGACCUAGACACCACCACUACCGUCACCGUUCUUGCGGCUUCUACAACUGCUCUCGCUGGAGUCUCCUCUGCCCCCCUCCCUGCUAUCUCUGCCGACACCACGACCACGACCCUCACCACCAUCACUAUCCCUGCGGGCCCUUCAACCCCGCAACCGGAGAUCUCUCUCCCACUCAACGACCCCUUGCCCCUCUUUCCCGGCACCCCUCUAACCAACAUCCUCGAAACCCCCAGCCCCAGCCCUCUGACACUGAAUCCCAUCCCGCUGGAACCCCUGCUCAUCCCCAAUCCACCACUUAACCUUACUUCACCACUCAACUUUACUUCUCCACUUAAUUUCACCUCUCCACUCAACCUCACGCUUCCACUCAGCCCACCCCUCAACACCACCACCACCACCAACACGCUCCCCCUAGCCCCCGCUCCAGACGUCAACACAACAACCCCAACAAUCCCAAAAACCCCCCUCCUUCCCGAAACACCCUUCCUGCCCAGCAUAACCGACAAAUCGCUCCUGCCCACACCCAUGUCGCCGUCCUCGCAGCGCGGCAGCUGGAACGCCAGCACCACGCGGCGGCCCUUCCCAUACCCGAAAGUCGCACACACGCCUGUCCGUCUCGCCGAAAUCAUAAGCGCAUAUGUGAAUUCGAAAGCGAAUAUCACGCUUACGAAUGCUAAUUUCAGUGUUACGACGCUGAAUUUGCGCCCCGUGACUACCCCCGCUGCUGUGCUUGCGCCAACGACGUUCCUGACGCGUGCGGGUUUGGCGCCGGCGGCGCCGGUGGUUGCGAAUAGCACGCGUAUGGCUGUGGGUGUGGGUGCGAGUGCGAGUGUGAGGGAAAAGGCAAAGGCGAAUGUUACGGCGGCAGUGAGGCGUCCGACGUGGAGUGCGAGUGCGUCGCGGAAACUGGUGACGCGGACGGUGGAUUAUGUGGUUUGA